GACGGUGAGCGGCAACUGCCAACUGACAAUGAGCACACCUCCUUCCAGCACUACAUCAGGUGUCCCCGAAGUUCGUCUUAGCUCAUCUACCUCAUCGUCACCGCAUCCCCCAACCCGAUCCUUAUCCGGUGCAGACGAGAAUCAAUCAUUCUCCGCUCUCCCUCCAGAGCACAGUGUGCCAUCCCCAGGAGAUAGCACCGUCCAUCUAUCUCGUCGCGAUGACUGUGCCAGGAACUCGAAUCAAAUCGCAGGUGGUGGAGGACAUGGAAGUAAGAAUAUGAGUGCGCGCACGAUUGCUAACAUACCUCGUGACUCCAUUCUUUUGUCACCGGCCAAUACAAAAUUUGAUACAUCCCCUACACCAUCUGUCAUACUUACUCAUCAUCACCAUGAUGACGGAAAGGCCUCGUCGGCCCCGACGUCACCUAUGGAGAGGGUGUCACCUCCGGCGUCUCUUGUGCCUGUGUCGUCAAGCGAACGCUCAGACUUGUUUCGUUACUUGCAACGCCAGCAUCAUGAACCCCAAGGAGAUACACCGCCGAAUGGGGUACCAAGGAAAUGGUGGUCACGUUCACCUUCGAAGGAGAGAGGAAGGUCUGUCUCGCCCUCAAGAGGGAGAAGUGUCCCCUUCCUUAGAGGUAUAUUCAGAGACCCGGUAGUUUUUUCGCCCGGGUCGGGCUCCAAUCUCUCGAUGCCGGAUGAUUUUACGGAACGGGAAACUCCACUUUCUUCUUCGUUGCCCAAUGAUCUGUCUCUUGCUCCUUUGUCCAAUAACCUUCUCUCUUUAUCCCGUGAGGAUCUUCAAAUCCGCGAUCUCGAUGAGAAGAACUCCAGCGAUGAAGAUGGAGGGAAUGAGCAUUCGCUUUUGCUAUCCUCUCCCGAGGCUACUCCUGCCACCCUUGUAUCGCCCGCUCUCCCCGUUACUGCACACAUGUACCCGCAGACCCUCAAGUCACUAGGUAUAGGGAUUGAAGAGGGUCUGCGGAGGGAUGACAUCGAGAAUAGCUAUUGGUCGAAGCUACUCAAGAUGUCUCCAAAGUCGUCUCCCAAGUCCCUUAGUGCCGAUUUAGGGACAAGUGCGUCCGCAAGCGAGACUACUCCGCAAGUUGAAGAGGGUCUCGUUGUCUCAAUGGAGGCAUGGGAUGGAAAGUCCCUAGAUGUCCCUCCUUCGGUCAUGUCCCUUGACUCAUCCUCACCUACGAAAGGUAAAGCACUUGGACUACCGAAUCUGGCAGUGUCCUCGACAUUACCUCAAAAACGUGCUUAUCCUGGGAAAGGUAAGGGGCAAGCCCAAGAUGCACCCCACAAGGAACCUUCCACCUCUACACCGCAAGCUCACAGCAAACACUUGGAAUCAUGGUUUGACAAGUUCACUCAUCGUCAAAGCGCAAAAGGUCAGGAGAAGGAGAAUAAGGAGACUGAAAGUUGGCUUCGGACGAGGGAGAAUGUAUCCUUAGCGUUGAAUGCUGUCCUUUCUACUUCUGAGCUCGCACAACUGUCAGAAACAGGAAAGGCAUUUGCGAUGGAGGGUCAUGUUGCUCGUACCACCGCUGAGCAGGGCAAUGGUAAAGAUGCGAAGGCAUCUUCGGGUACCAAGAAAGGUGCUGUGACCGAGACUUACCAGGGUACAGAGAGCAAGAUUGGGACCAGCCAGAAGGCUUGGUUGACAGUCAAAUCCACAGCAACGUUUGUUUCACCUAUGCUUCGAACCUCCCUCAUGAUUCUUGGUGACGUCGCCAAACUUACACCUAUCCAUGGGCUCCAUGAAGCUGCGAGGAUUUUGCUGGCAGUAUGGGAGGCUGUGGAUGAAGUCGAGACUAACCGCCUGCAAUGUCUUCGCCUCACCGAACGCUGUGCGAUGGCGAUUUACUCUGUGCGCGCUGAGAUCGCGGAUGCUGAGAGGGACAUGCAGUCCCAGCAAGGUCAAACUGGAGAUGUUGGUGUUGUGGGGCUGGCAGAGGAGAUGGAAGGUCCUGUCAGGAAGCUGAACGAGUGCAUUGAGAUGGUAUACAACUUCCUUCUAAAGCUCAACCGUCGUCCAUUCCUCAAGCGGUUUUUGCGUAGCGACGAAAUACAGGAGGAAAUUCUAGCAUGCGACAAGGCGCUUGGGGAUGCCAUGCAGAUGUUUAGCAUUUCAAUCCAAAUCAGAAUCCUCAAAGAAUUCAAACGCUUCGCAAGGGAUACGCGUCUUGAUCCUGUGCACCAUGCGCAGGGGCCUACGCCUCCACCUGUAUAUGCAUCUCCUCUGUCGCCGACCCUACCCAUUUCCUUAGACCGCACUCCAACGGUGGGGACACCGGCACUUCCAGAACCGCACGACAUUCUCCCAGCGACAUCUGGGCUGAGCAGGAGUCCUCCAGCACAGAAUACACCAUUGUCAUCCGUACAAUCCCAAACUAACGACACUGAUCCACCCUCCGACGCGCCAAUCUCCCCUCUCACUGAGCUUCAGGACCUUCACGUUGUCGAAAACGCCUCCGACAGAGAACAAGACCGUGCACUAUUCCGCAGCACACUCCAACGUGCCAUUAGUGCUCGAAGGGAUGCUGAGGUGCUACAGGUACUAGAAGUACGUCCUGGAGAGGUGCCUGAGGCACUAAAGGCGCUUCGGAGGGCUGAGGAAUCGCUGAGAGGGGAAAGAGAAGCUAAUGAAAGGAAAGGAGGAGAUUUAAUCGAUGAAGGCCUGGAGAGAGUGUUCAUGGAGACUGGGAUUGAGGCUAUGACGAGGUUGAGUAGUGUUGCUGUACAGAAGGCAGAGAAUCAAGAUGUGGAUGUUCCCUGGGAUUUACCGCCUUGGACUAUUACCCGCUACGAAGUCGACCGCCUCACCAUGAUUGGUAGCGGCUCCUUCUCCAAAGUCUACCUUGGUAGCUGGUCUGGGCGGCGUGUCGCCAUCAAAGUCCUCUCCCUCCACACUCCUGCACCCCUCUUCAGGAAAGCGGUGGAGAUAUGGAGGAAACUUAAGCACGAGAACGUGUUGGGAAUGUGGGGUGCGAGCAGCGCACAAGGCGAACGACCGUGGUUCAUGGUGAGCGAGUACUGUAGCGGCGGGAGUUUGGUAGGGUGGUUGAGAGAGAGGAAAGGGAGGGUUGGUGAAACGAGCGCUGGGGGUGCAUUGACUCCUCCCAGUGCAGGUGCUAAGGGAGAUGUGGAUCUUCUCCGGUGCAUGCACCACAUUUCGAAGGGGAUGGUGUACUUGCAUGAUCAGAAUGUAUUGCAUGAAGACCUCAAGGCUUCGAAUGUGUUGGUUGAUGAUAACGGGCGGUGCGUUAUCUCUGACUUUGGGCAGAGCGAGAUGAAGUGGGAGGCGUCGAGGGGGGGCGGGAAGCCCAUUACGAACGGGACGUUGCGUUGGCAAGCACCAGAACUACUCAAUGGACCCAUGAGAUUGUCGACAGCUACAGAUGUGUAUGCAUUCUCCAUUUGCUGCAUCGAGAUUCUCGGCAUGGGCGACCUUCCGUACGGACAUCGCGACGAUACGCUUGUUGCAUUCCUUGUCAAUUACCAAAACAAGCGUCCCGAGAUUCCCUCGACACCCAUCACUUCACUUGUGGAACCUCUCAUUCAGGAAUGUUGGGUUCGCGACCCCGAGCAACGCCCUACGUUCACACACAUUGCUGCGACGCUCAAGCGACUUCGUAAGCAUCAAGGAGGGGUGGAGGAAUCCCCUAUCCCAGUGCAGGCCGAGGUACUUUUGACGGCUUGGUCAGACCCGCCCCACCACUCGCCGAGCAUGCAUCCUCUAGAGCUACCAGAGACGUCUCCGUCUACUCUGCAGGAAGGUCAAGUCAUGCUGGAAAAUGACUUGGAUGCCAGUGUGGGAGGAGACGAGUUUGGUACUGCGUCUGAGGGUACGGGAAGACUUGUUCCUGGUGACGCGGAGUCGGUGUCAACAACAUCACGGGAAUCGCAGCCAAAACCCUUCUAUCCAAUCGGACAGCCGCGCAGCAAUCCAUCGUAUCAUUGGGAACCCACCGUGGAUUCUCAUACGGGCAAUAUGGAGAUGCCCGAGGGAAAGUAUUCAGGGAUUGCUAUCUAUACGCCGACUCGCAAAUUAUCUUUGGCAGAGACCGAUUCGAUGAGCAGUGCCUCGUCGCAUCUCACAUCAAGUCCAGAAGCUGAACACAGUGCGUUGGAGGAGGUUCGUCGUCGUCGUCGUUCGCCCCAUGUUGCCUUGGACAAACCGUCUCUGCCAAUGGAUGAGCAACUCGCAGAGAGGAAAAACGAGUUGCGGUUCAGGUCAUUAGCACAGUCGAGCCAUGACUUCCAUCAUUCUCUUACCUUACCCCUUUGGUCACCUUCUCAUGUCGAGCUAGGCGCAGUGGGAUAUCUCUCUGCACCAAAAGGGGAGUUCAUUACGCUCUUUAACGCUAUGAAGCCCCAACAAACAGCGGGGAGCAAAGUCACGAAUAUUCCUUCGCUUGGCGGGUACCUCGAGGGACCUAUUCGUAUUGGGAAGAAGUCUGAUUCAAUCCGUACGAUGACGCAAAGAGGGCUUGAGCUCAUUUCCGGGUUGUUGACCUUCCCGCUGAUAGAUCGUGAUGGGUCAUAUUCGGAACGCAUUUCGAGGCGCCACCCAUUCCCCCUUCGAGCGGGCCAUAAGGCUGCAUUUAUCUAUGCAGAGUCGACAAUGUACCGAUUCAUAGAAGACCUUGCAGCACCGAAAGACUGGUUUAAGGCUAAUGUCAAUACCAUUGUCAAGGAAUAUGCUCCCUAUCAUCCAAUUCAGAAAGAAGACGUUAUUUUGGUUUUCGGUACUUUAUCUGCACCCGAAUAUGCGCUCUUCGUGAGCCAUUCUCAUCCAAAUGGCCAAGCCCAUUUCAACGUCUUUUCGGAUCGCCAGAGUGGUCGACCAUGGGGCACCUUUACCACAGAUACCGAGUACCCUUCCGAUGAGGGUGGCCCCUCAUACAUCGAAGAGAUACCCCGAAAGGCAGUGUUCGCGAGCAAAGUGUCGCCAGUGCGGCUGAAUGCUGGAUCCAACGACAAAGACUGGGACACGUUGGUGUUGGCCAGGCUCCGCUUCCCCACGGAUGCAACUGAGCCUACUUCACAGUAA